GUUACACGUACGCGUGCGUGUGUCCGUCCCCAGCUCCCUUCCAUCCCCCCAUGGCCGGGGGACCACGGCCGGAGGCGCUGCUGGCGCAGAUCCGCAGCCUGCACCGGGCACGCGAGGCCGCAGCGCGGGAGCUGUCGGAGGCGCAGGGGCACAGCGCGGGGCUGCGCCGGCACCUGGAGCAGCUAGAGGAGCGGCGCGCGGCGCUGGACGGGCUCUGGCAGCAGAAGCAGGGGGCGCUGCGGGUGGCACGGCUGCGCAGGGAAGAGGUGGAGGCCAAAGGUCAAAGGGAGCAGUUCUGGAGGCAGCUCGAGGACCUCAUGGAGCAGCACAAGCGGCUGCAGGAGGAGCACGCCCCUGCCCACUUGGAGGCUGAACUGGAGCGGCUGGAGGAGGCCAUGGGGAAGCUGCUGAGCCAGGAGCGCCGCCUGCUGGAGGCCGAGCAGCAGCUGGGCCCCGAAGCCUUCGUGGCCAUCCAAUUGGUGGAGCAGGAGGCGGAGUGGGCGGAGCAGCGCCUGGGGGCGGAGCUUGCGCGGCGUCAGAGCUGCCAGCACCGCCGGGACAGGUUGGCCCAGGAGCUGGAGCAGCUGCAGUGCCCCAUGGAGGCUCAGCGCGAGUGAGGAGUGAAGGGGGGGACCCAUAGGUCCCCUAUAGCCCCCCC